AUGUUACAUACCUUUAUAGAACAAGAAGUUCAGAAUUCGCUUUCACAAGGAACAGCUAGUGACUUAAGCGAAACUUCAAAUCCAAGUUUAAGUGACUUUGACUUAACAGCUACUUACAAACGAUUCGCUAAACCGUAUAAAGAAGACGGGGAAAAAUUAGACCCUACAUAUUUUCAUUAUAUUAAUAAACUUCCAGGAAAAGUGAAGAUAAUCCCAGAUAAAAGUCUCAGAAAGCUCACCAAAAAUAAUAGAAAAUGGGGUGAAAAAUACCCACCAGAAAAAUAUCCGCUAGAUGCGAAAACUAUCGAACAUAAUAUGUUGAACUUACUUAAACCGGGGCAAAUCCCAGGAACAAUUAUUCAAAACAAAUUUGAUGGAUAUGUAUGA